CGCUUGAAGUUCGCCUGGACUGUCGAUGCCUUGGGCUUGAGCAGCCUGGCCAUGACCGACCUGGAGUCACCUAACAUUCUUCUCUUUUCUCCCGCUAACCAUACUAUCGCGCUUCACCCUUUCUACUCUCAACCCGAGAAGAUGGGAAAUUUGAAAAAGCCCCAGAUUACCGACUUUCUAAUUGAUGCCGUUAAUGGAAGAAUAUCAAUGUAUGGUGGACGGGGAUGGUUGGUUGCUAUACGUCGCUUCCUCUUUGACUUUCGCAGUGCUUGCAUAAACAUGAUCCAAACGUCACCACUCAUUGCCUUGAUAACAUUUGGCGUCCCUCUGAGCUGUCUAUCUUGCCUUGUGUACUGCAUCUGCUGCGCACCAGGCGACGAUUUAAAUAUUCCUGAGGGAACUUUGUCAGCCAUUGGACCAGAGGCUAGGAGAGCUCGAUUGCUUGCUAGAAGACAAACGGAAGAACAGCCAACUUCAGCCAAGUAUGAAGAUACCUCUAGAGCAAGGUCUAUAUACAGUCGGAAUGCGGCACAAACCAAAGUUGUAGAGCCUACAAAUGAGGAACCGAAUCCAACAGUUUUCGAGGAGUCAAGGAAAGAUCGAUGA